AAAUGUAAACAUGCGGGUGAUAGGCGAAGGAGGGGGAGGUGUCGGACGCGGGCGCUGUGGUUGGCCUGCGGUGCAUAAUGAGUCAAGAAGUGCUUCUGAAGCUUGUGGUGCAUCAAAAACUUCCACAGAUUCGAGGAGAAUCCAAGGAGGAAAUUAUCCUGCAUCCAUGCUCAGUGCCGGGCUUGGAGGUGGGCAAGAUAGUGGAGAUAUCCCACCCAGACCUAGACUUUGCUCGUCUCUUGCUGCAGGUUUCAUCUGGAUCCCUCAGGGAUGACCAUAAAGUGGACGCCGUCAGUGUGGACAGUACGGUGGUGGAGACGUUCCACCUGCGGGACCGGCUGUACGACUCGGUCAGCGUGCGUCUGGUGGACCCGGCCGACGCCGCGCUCGAGUCGGUGGAGCUGCUUUUCAAGGACCACUACCUUAACCGCAGCGACAUGUGGCGCCUCAAGAACAGCCUGGUGGGCAAGGUGAUGUACCACAAGAAGAACGUGGAGUUCUGCUCGCAGACGGUGCGCUGCCAGGUUUUCGAGAUGUGGUCGCAGGGAGACCGCGUAGCCUGCGGUCUGGUCACGCCAGACACAAAGGUGGUGUUCCGGUCAGCCACCAGCAUGUUCCACCUCUACAUCCAGAUGUCAGAGGAAAUGUGGGACUUUGACGUUUACGGAGACCUGUACUUCGAGAAGGCCGUCAACGGCUUCCUCAGCGACCUAUUCAACAAUUGGAAGAGGCACGGGACCAACCACGAGGUGACCAUCACGCUGUUCUCCCGGCUCUUCUACAAGGCCAACUCGCUCAGCGAGUUUCCGGAGUACAUGCGUCACGAUGUGCAGAAGGAUUUCCGCAACAUGUUCUACGAAGACUUCUACAGGGUGGCCGUGCAGAACGAGCGGUACGAGGACUGGACGCCCGUGCUCCUCCACUCCGGCACCCUGUUCAUGGGCUACCGGGAAGGCCUGCUCAACUUCCAGCGGGAGCGGGCGCCCCCUGGCGCGCCGCCGCCGCCGCGCGCCUCGCUCAGCUCGGCCGCCCAGGGCAACUUCCUCGAGGUGCUCAACAUCUCCAUGAAUGUGUUCGAGAUGCACUACCUGCACCGGGCUCUGGAGCGCACCGGCCAGAUGUGCGUGGUGGUGUCGCCCGGCGUUGGCGUGUACCAAGGUUGGGAGCGGGAGCUCAACAAUCUGACCAAGCAGCGCAUCAUCGACUACGGCGUCGGCAUCGACCUGGUGUGCGUCGGCGAGCAGCCGCUGCACGCCGUGCCUCUGGCUCAAGGUUUCCACAACAAGAGCCUGACGGAGACGCAGGACUACUACCUGCCACACACCUGGAUCAACCUCAGCUUCUACUCGUCCAACAAGCGGGUGGGCUACUCGGAGUUCGUGCCGCGCAUCAAGGUGCCGCCGAGCGCGCCCAAGGCGCCCGUGGCGCGCGUGCAGUCGGUGCUGCCGCGCGGUCGCCCGCCGCCCAGCGAGCACGCCAUCCCCAGCUCCGUGUACGACUACGACGCCCACGACGCCGACGUCUUCCGCAUGCCCGCCAACGCCACCUACAAACAGGCGACGAUGACCCUGCAGCGCGUGCCGCCGCGCAAGCGCACCGUCACCACCUCGCACGUGAAGCCGCCGCGCCCGCCGACCGACUCGGCCGUCUCGUCGCCGAUCGCCGAGCAGGUGUACAGCUCGUCAGCCACCGGGUUUGUCACACCAGCGCGCGCCUCGCCACUCGUGCAGAGCCCAGUGUCGCCGCCUGGUGAGCUAUACUCGUCGUCGUUCGGGUCCGUGUUCGGCAGUGACCGGUCCGACGGCGGCACGCUGCGGCGCGUCUCGUUCGACGACAGCGACGUGACCCGCUCGCCGCCGCGGCCGGCCGCCUCGGCCGUGUCCGCCUGCGACCUGAGCCUCAGCCGCGUGGCCGUGCCGCACGGGCCCGGCCGCGCCCUCUUCAACCCGUUCGACCCCAGCAACAUCGUGGUCAAGCACACCUCCAGCCGGCGCCGCUGGACGCAUAUCUUCCCCAAAGGUCCGAAGGGAGUGCUGUUCCAGCAGCACCACUACGCCAACGCCAUGGGUCUGGACCUCAGCGCCAAAGAUGCGCCGCCCUCGUCCAGCGAGCCGACGGCCGGCAGUCCGUCACUGGCCUUCUUGUGGGGCGCCUCCAGCACCGGCGAGCAGGAGUGGUCGGCGCAUAUCACCACAGGCGUCGACUGGAAGUCGCUGACGACGCCGGCGUGCCUGCCCAUCACCACCGACUACUUCCCGGACGAGCGCAGCCUGCAGAAGGACUACCUGCUCACCGAGUACAGCAUCCUGCCGGACGACAUCAACAGCCCGGAGGACGCCGGCGCCGCGCACCGCCAGCUCAGCACGCGCGAGGUCUUCACCGAGAUGGUGUCGCAGCGGCUGUGCCAGGGAUUCCAGCUGAUCGUGUCGUCGGCGAAGCCGAGCCCGGCCAGCGGGGCCGCCGUCGGCCGGGCCGUCUUCCCGCAGCGGGUGCCCGAGGAGCGCGAGGAGUACCUGCUGAGCAUCGGCCGCAUCUUCCACCGGGUGCUGCUCAGCGGCUCGGCCAUCAACGUCACACACUACCGGCCCAGACACCCGUACCCGGUGCGCCGCGUCUCGCCAGCACACGCCACGCGCAACCCUCUGUAA